CCGGUGGGGCCGCGGGCGGGUCACGGGGCCGGUGGCCGGGCGGCGGCGGGGACAUGGCCUCGGAGGCGGCGGUGCGCGCCCGGCUGCGGCGCGCGGGCCAGGAGCACCUGCUGCGGUUCAGCGCGGAGCUGGCGCCCGGGGCGCGGGCCGCGCUGCUGGCCGCGCUGGCGCCGCUGGAGCCGGGGGCGCUGCGGGAGCACUGCGGGCGCGCGGCCGCCGCCCGGGCCCGCCCCCCGGCGCCCCCGCCCGGCCUGGCCGCGCGCCUGCGGCCGCUGCCCCCCGAGCGCCUGGGCAGCGCCGCCCGCAGCGACCCCGCGACGCGGCGGCUCUGGGAGGAGGAAGGUCUGCGCCAGAUUGCCCUGAACAAGGUGGCGGUGCUGCUGCUAGCCGGCGGGCAGGGCACGCGCCUGGGCGUGGCCUACCCCAAGGGCAUGUACCAGGUGGGUCUGCCCAGCGGGAAGACGCUGUACCAGCUGCAGGCGGAGCGGAUCCGGCGGGUGGAGCAGCUGGCCGGCGGGCGCCACGGGACGCGCUGCACGGUGCCCUGGUACAUCAUGACCAGCGAGUUCACGCUGGGGCCCACGGCCCAGUUCUUCGAAGAGCACGGCUUCUUCGGCCUGGACCCCGGCAACGUGGUCAUGUUCGAGCAGCGCAUGCUGCCCGCCGUGGCCUUCGACGGCAGGGCCAUCCUGGAGCGGAAGGACAAGGUGGCCAUGGCCCCAGACGGCAACGGGGGCCUGUACUGCGCGCUGGCCGACCACGGGAUCCUGGAGGACAUGGAGCAGCGGGGCGUGGAGUUCGUGCACGUGUACUGCGUGGACAACAUCCUGGUGCGGCUGGCCGACCCCGUCUUCAUCGGCUUCUGCGUGCUGCGGGGUGCAGACUGCGGCGCCAAGGUGGUAGAGAAGGCGUACCCCGAGGAGCCGGUGGGCGUGGUGUGCCUGGUGGACGGCGCCCCCCAGGUGGUGGAGUACAGCGAGAUCAGCCCCGAGACCGCCAGCCUCCGCACGCCCGGCGGGGGCCUGCUGUACGGCGCCGGCAACAUCUGCAACCACUUCUUCACCCGCAGCUUCCUGCAGGCGGUCACCAGGGAGUUCGAGCCCCUGCUGCAGCCCCACGUGGCCGUGAAGAAGGUCCCGUACGUGGACGAGCAGGGGAACCAGGUGCAGCCGCUCGAGCCGAACGGGAUAAAGAUGGAGAAGUUCGUGUUCGACGUGUUCCCGUUCGCUGAGAACUUCGUGGCCUUCGAGGUGCUGCGGGAGGAGGAGUUCUCCCCUCUGAAGAACGCCGACGCGGCCGACAGGGACAACCCCACGACGGCCCGGCGGGCCCUGCUCGCCCAGCACCUCCGCUGGGCCCUGCAGGCCGGGGCCCGCUUCGUGGACGCCCACGGGGCCCCGCUCCCGGGGCUGGCCAGCCCCCUCAGCGGUGGAGAGCCUCCGGCCGUCUGCGAGAUCUCGCCGUUGGUGUCCUAUGCUGGAGAGGGUCUGGAGGUGCACUUGCGAGGCCGGGAGUUCCAGUCCCCUCUCAUCCUGGACGAGCACUGGAUCGGGGCAUCGCAGCCGUGACGCUCGGCCCCGCCGGCCCCCGGGUCCCAGGGCGGGUGGGUGCGGCCCUGGCCCGGGGCUCUGGGUGACUUCUUUAGGGGGGGCUGCCCGCUUCCUGGCAGCUGAACCUGUAACGGGUGCACCUGGGGGCGCACAGCCCAGCCUGCCGGCCGAGGCCGACGGCAGAGGCCUCACUCGUCACCACGAAGGCUGGCGGCACCGGGGACAGAAUCCUGUCCAUUCCCUGCGAGGCCUCAGCCCUCUGCCACGUCUGAGGCCGGUUGGAGCUGCUGAGGGUUAGAUGCUGCCCCCAGAACCUGUGGGACCAGUGCUCGGCGUCCUGUGCUGGACACUAAUCUGGAACUUAACCAGAUGGGGGCGCCAUUCCUCACCCCGUCUGCCAGCGGCUUCCGGUCUUGGUGCUCACACUCCUCCCCUGCUCUACAAAGGGUCUGGGCGCAGCCUCCACACUUGGGACCACAGCACCCUCCCCGCAUCCCCACAGCCUGGCUGAGGCGGGGGG